AUGAGGAGACACCAUCAGAACCCAAAUUUUAAACCCUUUCAAGUGCCCAACAAGAGGCACGCCGAUGCCUCUCCCUCCAAGAGUAGUAGAACCGGUAUAAUCGAUGAGAGACUCAUCCAAGGCUCCCGGCAGCCACAAUACAGCAGUUCAUCUCCCAGAAAGCCCUUCAAUGGCUUGGCAUCAUCAGCCCAUGAUGAGGGUCCUCAAUUGGACGCUUUUGACCUCGAACUACUAGCUUCAGAGGAUAGAGACGAGGCAAUUCGAGAUUCAGGAUUUAGAGUUCCUACAUCUACGCCACUUCAACCGUCUCGUCAGCCUGAUCUACAUCCACCACAAUUCUCUCGUUUCUUUCAGCCCAGCUCGAGCAUCGGUUCAUCGGACCCCGUUUUAGGGCCUCUUUCGAGCCCGCUGGCUUUGUUCCGUCAGAAGAAGAAUGCCACACAGACGGGACAGCGCAGUCUCGAGACGAACCGUCCAUACCAUGACGAGACUAGUCAGUCCUCACCUCAGGGACCGAUUACUCAAGCGAGCCCGGAGGCUUUGAUUGGCAAUAGACAACCUCGGAAUCCUUUUAGCAACAUCCCACCCUCUGUGCGGGGAAUCGUCCUCGUAUCAGUAAAUGACCUACCAGAGGGCUACCGCUCGAUGUUCCCCUUUCCACUCUUCAAUGCAAUUCAAUCAAAAUCCUUCCACUCCGUCUACAACAGCAAUGACAAUGUCGUUCUGUCCGCACCAACCGGUAGCGGCAAGACAGUCGUGAUGGAAUUAGCCAUCUGCAGACUCCUGAACACUCUCAAAGACGAACGCUUCAAAGUAGUCUACCAAGCACCAACCAAGUCCCUCUGCAGCGAGCGCUUCCGAGACUGGAACUCCAAGUUCUCGAGCCUGAAUCUCAAGUGCGCAGAACUCACCGGAGACACGGACCACAUGCAGCUGCGCAAUGUCCAGGCUAGCCAGAUUAUCAUCACGACGCCUGAGAAGUGGGAUAGCAUGACCCGGAAAUGGAAAGAUCAUAUGAAGUUGAUGCAGCUCGUGAAGCUCUUCCUCAUUGACGAGGUGCAUAUCUUGAAGGAGACCCGUGGAGCUACGCUUGAGGCUGUGGUUUCACGUAUGAAGAACAUCGGUUCGAAUGUCCGAUUCGUUGCGCUGAGUGCUACUAUCCCCAACUCCGAGGAUAUAGCUACAUGGCUUGGGAAGGAUGCAACAAACCAGCAUGUUCCCGCGCACCGGGAGCAUUUCGGCGAGGAGUUUCGUCCUGUCAUGUUGAAGAAGGUUGUCUAUGGGUAUGCGUCCAGCUUGAAUGACUUUGCAUUUGAUAAAGUCUGCGGUUCAAAGCUACCCGAAGUGAUCGGGAUGCAUUCAUGCAAGAAACCCAUCUUGAUAUUCUGUUGCACACGGAAUUCAUCGCUCGCGACGGCGAAAGAAUUGGCGCGGCUUUUCACAUUGACAAAUCCACCCGCCAGGCUUUGGAAGGAGCCUAAGAAGCGCCUUGAAGCUCAUAACGAGGAUCUCAAGACAACACUCGUUGCUGGCGUAGCAUUUCACCAUGCUGGGUUGGGUCCCGCUGAUCGCCACACUGUUGAGACGGGCUUCAGAGAAGGGAAUAUAAGCGUCAUAUGCUGCACGUCUACACUUGCAGUCGGAAUCAACCUGCCUUGCCACCUAGUUAUCAUCAAAAACACUGUCAGUUGGCAAGAUGGAGGCUGCAAGGAGUACUCAGAUUUGGAGAUGAUGCAGAUGCUCGGCCGCGCGGGCCGACCUCAAUUCGAUGACAGCGCCAUUGCUGUUAUCUUGACCAGAAAGGAGCGUGUCGCUCACUACGAGAGAUUGAGUCUGGAGAGCUGUUUACAUUUGAAUCUGAUUGAUCAUCUCAACGCUGAGAUUGGCUUGGGCAAUAUCUCGGACAUCGAAUCGGCUGUCAAAUGGCUUGCUGGCACAUUCUUGUUCGUGAGACUGCGUCGAAAUCCAACGCACUACAAGCUCAAAGAAGGUGCAAACCAGAAAGACGAAGAUGAAUUACUUCGCCAGAUCUGUGAGAAGGAUAUCGAUCUUCUUCGAAAAUGCGGUUUGGUUGAAGCUGAGAGCCUUUGUUCGACCCAGUUUGGCGACGCUAUGGCUCGGUACUACAUCCGGUUCGAGACUAUGAAAGUGCUACUGUCUCUGAAACCAAAAGCAACGUUGUCUGAAACUCCGAAGAAUUCCGCGAGAUCCGCCUCAAAGCUGGCGAGAAAUUACUCUACCGGAGAAAUCAACCGUGGCCCAGGCAUUCGUUUCCCCAUCAAAGUCGAUCUAGCCCUCCAAGCCCACAAAAUCUCACUACUCCUCCAAUCCGAGCUAGGUGCAAUUGAGUAUCCCGAUAGCGAGCAAUUCCAGAAACACAAGUUCACCUUCCAGCAAGAGAAAAGUCUAGUCUUCGUGCACGUAAACCGAUUAAUCCGCUGUUUGAUCGACUGUCAAAUCGCUCGCGGUGACUCAACCGCAAUCCGCAAUGCCCUUGAACUCGCCCGGAGCUUCGGGGCAAAGGUCUGGGAUCACUCACCUCUCCAAAUGAAGCAGAUCGAGCAAGUGGGCGUGGUUGCAGUUCGGAAGCUGGCUGCAGCCGGUAUCACCAGCAUUGAAGGGCUAGAAUCUGCCGAGCCUCAUCAGAUUGAAAUGGUUCUUAGCAAGAAUCCGCCUUUCGGCUCGAAGUUGCUCUCAAGAUUGAAGGAAUUUCCAAAAUUGAGGAUCUCUGUGAAAAUGCUUGGCAAGGACGUGAGGAUUAACCAUGUCAAUGUCCGUUUUAAGGUCGAACUCGCUUUUAUGAACGAUAAGGUCCCGACGUACUUCCAACGUCGGCCGGUUCAUGUAUGUUGCUUGGUAGAGAGGUCCGAUGGCAAUAUGAUCGAUUUCAGACGUGCAAGUGCGAGCAAAUUCCAAGAGAGACUGGAGAUCGAGCUCACGGCGGAAUUGACGAGUGCUGAUCAUGUCAUCGUCUGCCAUGUUAUGUGCGAUGAAAUCGCGGGGACAUGUAGACAGGCUGAGCUCAGAUCUAAUCUGCCAUCUCAUCUCUUUGCUGCUAUGAGAGGUAAGAACGCCAAUGCCCAAAAUACUGGAGCACCGAACAUACAAUCUCGCCACCCCGAGGGGAAUUUGAGCUCUAAAGACGUGACGAAACCGAAGCCCAACAUGUUUCGUUCUCACGAACGAGAGAUGGCUAGUAUCGAGACUAAGCCUCGGCGGGAUGUGGACGAUUUUGAUGGCGAUGACUUGCAGCUCGAUGACUUCCUCGUUGCGAAUGAACGCCGUGACAAACCAAGGGAAUCUACAAAGCAACCUCCGCAGUUCGACGAUAUAGAUUGGUUCUCAAUCGACGCAACUCCACCUACCCCAGCCAAGAGAGUGCCGCCGAAAGUGUCAAACCCCCAAGAAGAUGACUGGGCGGUAGAUAUAGACGAGCCAGAGGAGGAAUACGAGCCAGUCAGACUUGCGAAUGGGAAAUGGGCUUGCAAUCACAAAUGCAAGGACAAAACAAGCUGCAAACAUUUCUGUUGUCGCGAGGGCUUGGAAAAACCCCCAAAGCCACCGAAGCGGACCAUUCCUGCAACUCAAAAGGAAGCUGGUCUCAAUCAACUGACUAUCUCCGCCAGUAUCGCCAAGCCAACUCAGAGCAAUAACUCAAGCUCGAGAAACCAAGUGGCCAAAAAACGCGUCACGGGGCCUAAGAAUGACGAUCACGUCUCAAAGAUGAAGAUGUCGACGUCGCAAGCUGGAAAGAAGAACCCAAGUCGAGAGAAAUAUGUCCUUGCGGAAAGAGAUAAGAACAUUCCUUCAUAUACAAGAAAGAGGGAAAGGAGUCCAACCAAACCUCUCUCCAGUGAUUACGGCGAUGAAUGCUUCGAUGAUCUACCAUCUCCAUCACGUCUUCUCGGGAACAGGGGAUCGGGGCCUGCAACAUCGGGUUCUCCAGUAGUGAACGACCAGGCAAAGAGCAACAUCACAGAUGUUGCAGCCAAGGAAACGAAGAAUAGAGACCCUGAGCCCUCGCCCUCUGCUUCACUGCCCAAUUUCGCUCAAAAAGAGCGAACUAAGCCAUCAAUCUCUAAACCCCAACACGAGAUAAUCGAGAUCCGAGACGAUACGCCACCUGGCUCAACAGAAUUGCCACUGGCACUAGACAAAGAGUCUCCUGUAAAGCGGAGCACGCUGCCACUCCCAGAAAGAGCAGAUCAACUGCCCAACCUGAAACGGAAGGCGAGUCAAGACGAAAUCCGAACAGAGAAACCUAAAAAGCGGGCGAAGCAAAGUCCUUUUGUUUCGGCUUUGCAGGUCCACGCCUCAGAUCUCUUGAACAAUGAACUACCACCGAGCCCUGAGCAGCCUGCGUCUCCUGUUUCUCCCGCUGCUGUUUCUCCGAUGCUCGACGGUCGGAUGGAUCUGACUGCAGCAUGGGACGAUGGAAUCGAUCUGCUUGAUGAGUUCAAAGAUAUUAUUAAACUUAUUUAG